UAAUAAAAAUCAAAUUUCUCUCUCUUCAAAGAACGCAAAAAAAAACGAAACUUUAUUUCUCAAAUAGGAAAGAAGGAGCUUUCUUGUAGAAUUGAAUUAUGCCGUGCCUGGUUAAAGCAAAUUGAAUUCUUUUAGAUCAGACAAUGUAACGAAUCACUGUUUCGUGUCUGUCUGAUUUGUGCUUGUGUCCCUCUCUCUCUUUGCUUUUCUCUCCAUCUUCACUUUCUAUUUUUUUCUCGAGAAACAAAAAAAAAACCUUUUCUGAGCUUUCCGGGAAAGUUUUGUUAGAUUCGAUCACAAUCCUUUUUUUUUGUCUGAUCAUCUCUUUAAUCAUCACGAACGUCGCAACCUUUAGAAUAUGAAACCACCACAAUCAGCUGCUUCGUUAGAUAGGUGGAGAGACUAUUUCCGGCGAGGAGACUCCGAUAUAUUCGAGAUCAUCGAUCACGCCAUCAUGGUCGCUGCCACAGAUUGUCCGAUCAAAUUCAAAUCGAGAAGAGACAGAAUCGCCGAGCUUCUCUUCUCGUGCAGAGUCACUCGCUGCACGGGAUGCCACCACAGCAGGGAGCUAUCUCUUCCCGGAGACGACGAGGCGGUUGAUGGGAGUAAAGAGAGCAAAGCUAACAGUAGCAGAGGAGAAAACAAUCACAUUAAUCAGAUUGUUGUUGGCAGUUAUGAUUGUGAUGAUGAAGCUGAGGCUUUGAGCGAUGCGAUUGAAGAGUUCUCUAUGGUUUGUGAGGAAGUUGUUAGGAUCAAAGAGAUCUUGCUCAACAAAGACGACGAGCCACACUCGGUGAUACUUGAGUCUUUGAGGAAGCUAAAGUUGAUGUCUUUGGAUGUGGAUGUUCUCAAGAGUACUGAGAUUGGGAAGGCUGUUAAUGGUUUGAGGAAACAUGGUUCUGAUAAGAUUCGCCAACUUGCAAAGACUCUGAUCGCAGAGUGGAAGGAGCUUGUUGAUCAGUGGGUGAACACCACCAAGGAGAUCGCUGGUGGUGCUGAAGGUACACCAGAGUCUGCUAAUCCAUCUGUAGUUGAUGAAGAAGAAGAAGAAGAAGAAGAAGAAGUGUUUCCUUCACUUCCAUAUGGUGUUGAUAUUUUUACACCGGAAGCAAACGGUUUUGAAAUGUUUAAUGGAGAUUUCUUUGAUUCAUUGGACUUUGAUGGAAAUCCUUGUAACUCUGGGGAAUACAACACAAGCCGAGAACACGAAAGAAAACCACAGAAGAGAAGACCAGAGGGAACACAAAUGAGGAUACAGAAGCCAUCAUCAGCUGAUGGGAAUGGGACUAGGAGACCUCUAAAUCAAAGGAUGAAGAACGAAGUGGGAUCUGUUCACAAGUCUGAAAACCACAUGAUCCAAAGGAGGAAACCUCCACAAGAAAAACUUAAAGGUCUUGACGCAGACGCAAAGUUUGAGUUUGCUAAGAGGAAACUUCAAGAGAGCUACCAACAACAUGAUAAAGCCAAGAAGCAGAGAACAAUACAAGUACUUGAGACGAUGCCAAAGCAAGGUAGUGCUGCUCAGAAACCGCAACUCAAGAGACCUGGAAUGAACAACAGAAGUUGGUCUAACGGUCAUAAAUAGCUUUAGAUUGGUGAAUAACUUUCAGAGGAGAAAGACAUUAUUUACAUAAAUACCACAAAAUAUCUGCAAGCUCCGGUGAAAUAAGGUAAAGGAGAGUCUAGUUCCACAAGCUUUGAGACAGAGACAAGCAGAGGAUGGAUGACGAGCAGAUUCCACAACUGAACUUUUCUUUGAACAGACUCUUUUUUACUCCUAUGUUUUCGUUCUGUCUUUGAUUCACCAAUUUGCAGCCUGUUAGGAUCCUAACUAGUGUUACGUUCUUGAGACUUUCGGUACAGUUCCGGUUUAGUUCAAUCCCGUUUGUUCGGUUUUGGGA